GUUUUAGGGGGUUUCGCGUGGGCACCUCACAUGCACCUGCCUCUAGUCUCUGGAACCUCUUCUCCCUUAGUCCAUCCCGCACAUCGGUGCUCUCAACCACAUCUGGAGAGCCGCAUUCUGCACUACAUGCCCAACCCAGCCGCCGCUGGCAUCCGACAUUGACCAGGCUCGCCUUUGCGAUUCCGCUACUGCCGCCCAAUCGCCUGUCUGCUGUGCAUCGGUGGCUGUGAUUGACAGCUGUGGCGCCCUUCGCCCGUCGGCGCCGACUCGUAUCAUCGCGGCGCCAUCACAGCCCCGAUCAACCUGCGCCAGCAGCCAGACACGCUGCCUCCCGACCACAAUGCCAUCUCGCGCUGCGUCCGCCAAUCCGUCGCAGCCCCGAUCGGUUUAAACGUCCCCGGACUCGCGUGCCCUGGCUUGAGACUCGAGAAACCAGCCUUAGCGGGACAGAGGGGUCUCUGAAACACAUCCUGCCAAACCCGACCGAGCCUCCCCUUCGAUCGACCGACUUUCAGCGAGCCUUCCUUCUCAUCCGCAUCGCGCGUGCGAAGCUCGCCCACGUUCAUCGCCAUGGACCGGUUGAACCGAAUGCCCGGGCCGUCCAACGCCCAGGCAUCGUCUCUCCGGGGCCUCCCCGAGAACCCGGCUCACGGACGACGCCCGGUACCGAACUCCGCUGCCACGUCCAACGGCCCUCCGCCGCCGCUCCCGCCCAUGCCAAACCUGCGAAACGCUUCCUCCAACGCGACAUUGUCGGCCUCGAACUCGUUGACGCCAUCGCAGGUCAUUUCGCUUGCCCGCGAGGCCAUGCGGACCGCCCUCGAAAGUGAAAAGAGCCAAGCCGCGGAAGCCGGAGCCGUUGCGCCGGGGCUCCGGUCCGGCGUUACCAUUGAUUUGAGCCGCAAGAAUAUUCACAAGCUGCCAGAGGAGGUCGUCGAUGUUGUCAAAGACGAGUUGGAAAGACUUGCUUUGUCGCAUAAUCAGCUCUCCUCUCUUCCAGCCUGCUUUUCUGAGUGCACGUCGCUACGAUACCUGAACAUCAGGGGGAAUCAAAUCAAGGAAUUUCCUUUGCCGUUAUGCGGCCUGAGGUCUCUUGAGAUACUCGAUCUCGGUCGCAACCAGCUCCGGGUUCUGCCAAACGACAUUGUGAAUCUGUCGUCUCUCAAAGUCCUCUCGAUACCAAAGAACCAGAUCCGGGAGCUCCCCCUAUGCCUUGCGGACAUGGUUUCGCUCCAGGUACUCAAGCUGGAGGGCAAUCCGAUUAGCUUUCCUCCCAUGCAUACCUUCAAACCGCAAAGCGGAAGCCCACCCAACGAUGGCAGUUCAAGAGAUGCAGAGGUCACGGACGUGGCCACGACUGCGCUUAUCAAGAAGUACUUGCGCCAGUAUGCGAUCAACGGGCGCAUGGAGGCGGAGGGUACCGGCGACGAGUCUAGCGAAGGUGCCGAGACGCCACGAUUUCCACUCAAGCGAGCCGCGAGUGGCCGCUUUCCCAUCAAGAUCAGCGGCUCUGAUGGUAGCGAUAUGCGGUCGCCAAACGCCACAUCACGGCCACCACCCAUUCCCUCGAGAUCCCACUACCGGGGCCUAUCGCAACAAAGCACCUCUGGCCGUCGGCCUGGGGUUAUGCCAUUGACCAUUGGCAACGUCAACGAGAGGCUUCGCAGCAACUCCGAAUCGUUACUGCGGUCUGACAGGCCCGACGGACGGAAUCGACGCAUGGGCGUCGUAACGAGGAAGACGUCGGAGCUCGGGACUCUGGACGAGACGCAGGCCAAUGUGCGAUUCAGCCACUAUCGGGGCUUGAGCCAUGGCUCAGCGAUGCAGGGCAACCCACCUGUUGCCAAGAGCCCCGCGACACCGACCGAGCCACACAUGCAGCAUCCCACAUACAUCCGGCGGCUCUCGGUUCUCCCCGAACGCCGACGCGAAUCGAAGAUCUUCGACCCCAUCAUCGAAGCGGCCAAGGGCAUUCUCUACUCUGUGUUCCAAAUACACCCGAUGAUCCAAGCACUCAUGACGCUGACCAACGAUGGGUCUGCGAAGAGGUCGAGCCUGGAGAUUGUAGUCUACAAUACUAAUUCUCACCUUUUGGAACUGGAGGAGGAGGUUCAAAAACAUGACGCAGCUGUGGCCGAGGGCGAUGAGUACGCCACAUGCGAGAACGAGCACAUCCUGCGCGCAUGCCAGACUCUCGUCAGUGCGUACGGACAUGUGUGCACGCUCCUGGCGGACAACAUCGAUACAUUUGUGGACAACGGAGACGCCCGUUAUAUCCGGACGCUCCUGAUGUGCCUUUACAACAGUAUCAUGGAGCUCCGCGUGACCCUGGCGUCAGUCACGGCCGAGCAGGCCAAGCCCCGGCACUGGACGCAGCAGAACUUGGACAACGCCCAUAACACUAUACGCCCCUAUCACCGCGAGCUCACUGCGACUCCAACUGCGGAGCGACCAGGUUUUGCGCGACACCGUAAUGGUACGGUCGUACACAACCCUGCGAAUCUGAGAGUGGCGACAAACGUUCCUGUCCCGCAGCUCAAUGGAGGCGGUCGGACUGCGAUCAUGACGUCGGCGACUCCUCGUUCGGGCGAGCCGUUCCCGCCCAUUCAUAGCCGGGACAUCAGCAUCGACUUCUCAGAAGACGAUGCACAAUUCGACCGAAUUUACCUGUCUCUUCAGAAGUCGAUCGACGUGGUCCUCCGCACCCUGCCCAACUUCCAUGUCCAGUUGACGGGCGGCUUGCGGCAUGCCGUUGCGCAUCGCGCCCCGGCCGCAGCUCUAGGACAGUGGAAGGCGUUGCUCGGCAGCGUCAACGCGACAAUACAGCAGACAGAGAUUUUGCGGAACAAGCUGUCGAUGAUCAAGCUCAAAGAUCCCAAUGCUAGAACUCAACUUGGCCUCUGGAGCCAAUGUUUCGAAUUCGUCGACGCGUGGCUGGCCAUGUUGUCCCUCCUCAAGGCUGGGACCAACGCGAUCCCGCUGCCGCCGGAAACGAGAACCAAGUUGCGACCGGUGCAGCAGAGCAUCAAGGAGACGACCAACGCCAUUACGCAGUCACCGUGGCAGUACCUGUUCCAGCGCGAGAAUCAGGCUCGCUUUGGCGGAAUGUAUUCGUCUCAAAGCGCCUCCCCGACGCAGGCGCAACUACCGAUCACCCCGCAGAGUGCAGCGCUCGGUCCGGCCAUGCAGGCGACGGUUCCAACGACGCCUCAUAGCGCGGCCUUUGCCGCUGCCUUCCAUGGGAAUGUCUUUGAUCGAGCAGACGCGCUCAUCGCCAACCCGGGCAUUUCCAUGUCGCGGAGCGGAACCAUGACCCGGGGUCACUCUGGCUUCAACUCGCUGUCGUCCAUUUCGUCCAUGUCGUCGGAUGGCAACGCGCCGCCGCCGUCGGCAGCCUUCAGCCCCAACAGCGGACUGGGGCUCGUGCCUCCACGCAUGAACGGCAGCAGGGUGGCUAUCUAGUCUGGUGAAAGGUAGCUUUUGGGGGCUUUUGCUAUCUCGCUCACGAGAUGGCCUCGAUUAGAAGGGUGCUUCGUCUACAGGCAAACCCACAUUUGAUACGACGACACCGAGAAACAGCGCAAUGUAGUCAUGGGGCGUUUUCUUCGGUUCUUCUCUUGGUUUAUCGCUUGUUUUUUUUUUUUGUUUAUAUGGCAUAGCAUUGGAGUUUGGGGACCCGGACGUUGUUGUUGAUGUUAUUCCUCCCUCUUUGGGUUGUAGGUUGGAGAUGCGUGCUGGCGAGGAGCCAAGUCGAGCGGACUUACAGCUACAAUUGUACAUGUCGCGGCACACGGCUGGGUUUCGCGCUUCUCAGUGGGCUGACCGGAUGGAUUGGCACGGGUAUACAUUGCGCACGCGGGCAUUAAAGGACCAAAAGACGGUUGCGGGGAAUGGGCUUCAUGGAGGCGACACUCGAGGAUGCCGGGUGGCGUCGUAACUUAUAUCAUUGCUAGAUUUUUGGGGCAGAUGUAAUAUCCAGAUAGGCCAAUUGAUGCUGAGUAUGUGUAAC